AUGUUUGCUACGUUGCAUGACGGUUUGAACGGAAAGAAACUGACUGAGUAUGAUCCAUAUAUUUUUCUCCUGGCUUGGACUCCAGGGACCGGGGCACAGCAGGACACCCCUAUGCCCUUCAUGGCGCACCUUGACCCGGAGAACAACGUCAACUUGAAGUGGGGGUUCAGUGAUGUCCAGGACACUAUCACGUUCCAGCUGACCGUGAAAACCACUGGCUGGGUGGGAUUCGGGUUGAGCCCAAACGGAGGCAUGGCUGGAGCAGAUAUAGUUAUUGGCGGGGUCGGGCGAGAUAGCAACUACUUCAAGGAUUAUCAUGCCACAGGGAAUGGGUUUCCCCUGGUGGAUGAGAAACAGACCUACACCCUCCUGUCCCUGAUUGAGGCAGAUGGUCAAACCACCAUGACCUUCUGGAGGGCCAUCCAGUCAUGUGACCAGGAAGACUUCCACAUCACCGACAGUCCAGUGAAGCUGAUCUAUGCCUACGUAUAUCCAAGAUGGCGUAGCAGUCAGAUGUCCAUUGUCCUCGUCUUGACUGAUGACAUCGAGUACAAUUCCAGAACAAGGGGGACCAAGGAGGUGCACCUGCUGAAGUUCAUGCCCAGAUCCAUCCCCCGGCACACCAACUAUCUGGACUUUGUUAUGGACAAUAGGUAUUGUGGAGAUGUUGAAGACUAAAGCUUGGGACCAGGUGUCCACUGCUGUGCAUGAGGCCACAAUGAAGAAGGUCCCUCAGAUCGGGUUAAUCAGCAACGAACAUGUAAGCAGCCACUCAAUGUUACAACAUCCAACCCUCCUGUUUAUUCUGCUCCUCCAGAAUAACUACACCAUAUAUUAGGGAAGCAUCCUCAACAUGAUGGCUACCCCUUCCGUGAGUUGCAGGAGUGAUCCAACUGGACUGGGUCUGUGACGAGUUGCAGGAGUGAUCCAACUGGACUGGGUCUGUGACGAGUUGCAGGAGUGAUCCAACUGGACUGGGUCUGUGACGAGUUGCAGGAGUGAUCCAACUGGACUGGGUCUGUGACGAGUUGCAGGAGUGAUCCAACUGGACUGGGUCUGUGACGAGUUGCAGGAGUGAUCCAACUGGACUGGGUCUGUAACGAGUUGCAGGAGUGAUCCAACUGGACUGGGUCUGUGACGAGUUGCAGGAGUGAUUCAACUGGACUGGGUCUGUGACGAGUUGCAGGAGUGAUUCAACUGGACUGGGUCUGUGACGAGUUGCAGGAGUGAUCCAACUGGACUGGGUCUGUGACGAGUUGCAGGAGUGAUCCAACUGGACUGGGUCUGUGAAGAGUUAACUGGCAACAAUAGCUUCUGGUUCAGAAGGCUAAAUGUCUUCAAAACGAGUCUCCCAUGCAAUAGUAGAAAGUGUAAACUUAUGUUUAUUCAUGAUGUAUAAAAUGUAAGAAAUCCA